UAUCUUUUAUGUAAUCCAAGGUGGACCCCACUCUCAGUUCAGCAAGUUCUCCGCUGCACGAGCAAAGCGAAGAAUGAACACGGUCACGACGGCUUCAUGGCAUACUCUCUAACACCACCACCAACCCCUCCUCCUCCCUCUCUCCGCCUCCCCCGCCGCUCCCUCCUCCUCCUCUCCACCACGACAACCACCCUCUCCCUCCCUCCCUUCCCUUCCCUCUCCUCCGCCUCCACCACGACACCACCACCACCACCCAACACCACCAUCACGGACCGCGUAUUCAUGGACUUCAGCCUCUGCCCCAACUACUUCCUCCCCAACCGUACCCUCGGCGACAACGUGGCCACCCUCUGUACGGACUCCACCCCUUUGGGCCGUGUGGUUUUGGGCCUGUACGGAAACCUGGUCCCACUCACCGUCUCCAACUUCAAGUCCCUGUGCGUUGGUUCAAACUCCAACGCCUCUUCCUACAAGAACACACUCGUCCACAAGAUUUUUCCCGGCCGUUAUUUCCUCGCCGGCCGCCAGGGCCGCCCCGACAAGGGCGAGGUCCGGCCGCCGCAUGACUUGGCGCGCAACACCGAAACGGUGGACCCCAGGGCCUUUUCCCUCUCCCAUUCCAGACCCGGCGUCGUUUCGCUCUCGCUAUCCGAAAACGACGACGACGAUCAAAUAAAGCUUGACCCCAGUUAUCGAAACGUUGAGUUUUUUAUUACCACUGGACCUGGCCCUUGCCCCCAGCUCGAUAAUAAGAACAUUGUCUUUGGAACCGUGCUUGAAGGGUUGGAUGUCGUCACAGCCAUAGCUUCCAUUCCCACAUACCAACCAUCUGAACGAAUUCGCCAAUUUAAUGACUUGGCUGAAUUUUUUGGAGAUGAAAGGGCCCAGAAUGCUCGUGGCAUAUGGAACAGGCCUCUUACAACUGUCUAUAUAAGUGACUGUGGGGAGCUAAAAGUUGCAAAGCCUUCCCUUAUGCCUUCUCUGCCAUAAUUUCUUUCCCUGUAUAUAUUAUAUUAUCCCAGAGGACUGGUGUAUGUAAAAUCAUACUCACAAAUUCUUUGAAAGGAAAGGAUGAUGCAUAAAACCUGAAGUGAACAUAAUGAAUGACUUGAAUGUUGAAACUCGAAAUCUUUAGUUUAGUUCAUUCAUUACAAAGCUAGGACAUUAUAAAUACAGGCAGUGAACUGAAACAUUGGUAUGGUAUGGCAGAGUCACUUGUAAGUCAGUUAUACAAACUGAAUUCUUAUUGUGAACAUAUCUGUUUCUUUCUGCUUCAGAUGCCCACAAAGAUUUUAGACAUUUCCAG